GGAAUCGUACAACGGCAGCCAUGAUGGGAUGAGGCAAGCGGUCCAAGAUCGCCUUUUUUUUUUUGUUUUUUUGUCCAUGUUGUAAAUAUUUAUUCACGCAACUGCUUCAUUUUAGAAGUAUGUUGCAUGAAUAUUUUUAUCAUCGCAAAGGUGACAACUGAUUGAUUCAGUUUUGGCACACUGCCAUAUAUGAUACAAAGCCCAUGAUCAGAAGAAAAGCAGCUAUUCCAUUUUACAGGAGAGGAAUCAUAUAUUCAUGUUACGUGCAUAACCUAUAAUAUUCUAUAUCGGGAAUACCAAAAGCCAAACAUUCAAUCAUCAAGUUAUGCCUGUACAGACACCUGCUUGGACAGAAUUCCUUUCCUGUCCAAUAUGUUAUAAAGUGUUUGACGGGAAGAACUUAUGUCCCAUCAGCCUUGCUUGCUCACAUACAAUCUGUAAGACUUGUCUAUCUAAACUCCAACAGAAGAAAUGUCCAUUUGACCAGAAUCUCAUCAACAGGUCCAUUGGCGAGCUCCCUGUAAACUAUGCCCUGUUACAGUUGGUGGGGGUAGUUGCAGCCCCGAACUCUGACAGUAAUGUGUCUGUGCCGCAGGAAAAAAUCAGCAAUUAUGACUCGGCCCGUAACUGCAUUGAGGCUCUGGCUCUAUAUCUUAAACCACUCUCUACAAGUGUUGUGCCGGGUCAGGUGAUUAACAAUGGCUCCACACAGGUGACGGGUGUGGCUGGUUCCUCUGUUACCAGUACAGGAAGUCCCCUUGCCAAUUGUGCGUUGAGCAGACCCAUGCAGAGGAAACUUGUCACUCUGGUUAACUGUCAGCUGGUGGAGGAGGAGGGCCGCGGCAGGGCCAUGAGAGCGGCACGGUCACUAGGCGAGCGAACAGUGACAGAGCUCAUCUUACAGCACCAAAAUCCACAGCAGCUUUCCUCCAACCUAUGGGCAGCUGUAAGGGCACGCGGAUGUCAAUUUCUGGGACCAGCUAUGCAGGAGGAGGUAUUGAAGCUAAUACUACUUGCUCUAGAGGAUGGCUCAGCCUUGUCACGUAAAGUGUUGGUCAUGUUUGUGGUUCAGCGACUUGAGACCCACUAUCCACAGGCAUCAAAAACAGCCAUAGGUCAUGUGGUGCAGCUUCUGUACAGAGCCUCCUGCUUUGUGGUAACAAAGCGAGAGGAAGAAUCAUCACUGAUGCAGCUGAAGGAAGAGUGCAGGACCUACGAUGCCCUGAGACGCGACCAUGACUCCCAGAUUGUGCAGAUUGCCAUGGAAGCAGGUCUGAGGAUUGCCCCGGACCAAUGGUCAUCUCUGUUGUAUGGUGAUACUACCCACAAAUCACACAUGCAGUCAAUCAUAGACAAGCUGCAGACACCGCAGUCCUUCUCCCAGAGUGUGAAUGAGCUUGUGAUUGCCCUACAGAGGACAGGUGAUCCAUGUAAUCUACAGCGACUGCGAACACACCUCGAGUUUUUGGCUAACAUAGACCCCUCCCCAGAGGCACCACCUCCCUCCUGGGAGAACUUGGAGGCAGUAAUGAAAGCUGUGCGCAGUGUGGUCCAGGGACUAGUAGACUUUGUAAAGAACAAUGGACACAAAAAGUUGGAAAACACCACUGUUCAUAAUUCCCGAUACAAAACCAGCAUGUGUCGAGAUUUCUUGCAGAAAAACAGCUGUCCCAGAGCUUCUAACUGCACAUUUGCUCAUUCUCAAGAGGAACUUGACAAGUACCGAUCACGGACCAAGAAAGCUGGCAAGGCUUGUAACACACCACCUGAAUAUGAAGAUUGUGACAGAGAUGACCUUCAGCAUAUGCUAACAGAAGUUCAUCAAGAUAACAACAGAUCCAAUGUGGAGUCGUUUAAUUCAGCUGCACAAUAUGAUAACCGAAGGAACAUGUCUCUGCCCAAUGUCGUAACGGCCAAAGUAUUAACAUCUGUGGCAAAGUCUUUGUCGUCAUUGACCUUUGCUCAGGCUAAGGUGUUGACAUCGGACAAAAUGACUGAAUCCUCUGAAACAGGACCGCGGAUGAGCUCUGUUGUAAUUCCCGGUAUGGCGCCAAUCCUUCCUCCACCAAACACCAUGCAGCCCCCACCUACACAGGUGCCACGUAGUCCUUUCCCUCCGGACAUGUACCAGGGACAGAGAACUCCUGCUCAACUGCCCCAUGGUCCUGGAGUACCAGCUCCAUCAAGACCUGUAUUUGGAGGUGGUGGGAAUGUGCUGACUGGUAGUCCCAGUGCUGGCAGGCCAGUAUUCCAGUCUGUGCCGAGGUUUGUGACAGGUCCCUACAGACCACAAUACAACCAGGCCCUGCCACAGGCCCAGUAUCCAGCUGGUGUACCCUUUAGACAGCCUGUAGACCCAGGCAUGCCAAGAAUGCCCUUCCCUCCACAGCAGCAGCAACCUCCAAUGGGUUUUAUGAACUAUAACUACCAGCACAAUUCCAGUGUCCUUAACCCAUAUGCUGAGCCCUUCCAAGGCACAGGUUCCAGGCCCCUAACACCAGAGGACCAAAUGUACCCUGUAGUAGGGAACUACCCGGAGGGAUUCAAUUACCAACCAGGAACAGUGUUGCAUGGCCAAGGGCAGGCUAAAAUUCUAAAUGAUCUACGUCAUCGCCGAGCAGAAAUUUUAAAUCGUCUGUUCAACCCACUUGAUGAUUUUCAAACAAAUCCGGAGAUCCCUACAUAUUCCAAUAAUGCAUCAUCCCAGCCUGAUGCAGGUGACAUGUAUGGAGGUGGUAUCCAUCCAAAUAAAACCAUGUUGCAAGGAAACCGGGGUGUCAUUCAGGCCAAUUCUCAAACUUCUCAUGGUGCGAGACAGGAUGUCGUCCAGAUGAUGGCAGAACAAAGAGGCAUGACUGGCAACAUUUCAGAACCAGGACGAGAGGGGACGGAAUCUUCCGCAGCCAGACAUAAUGCAGUACAGGUGAACAGGAAACAGGUUUCAUGUUGGCAGAAAGACUUCAACAGCAGUCAGUCGGUUACAUCCUCAUAUCAGUCAGCCAGUCAGACUCCUGGCUGCGAUGAAUACAAAUUGGUAAGCCAUGAGAACAAUAUUACUAGUUCUGAAAUCUCAUCAACAAGGUAUCUCUAGUUCCGCAGGAGGGAUAUGGGUCAAACAAGCAAUUUUGGAGCUCAAUUUUACCCAGAAGAAACUAACGUGUCCAGUUCAGCUCUGCAUUCAAUGCCUGGAUCCACUGUGUCUGUCAAAAAAAAUAUCAGCUCACAGGCUUAUAAUAACCAUGAACAAGCUCAAAACAUGACAAAUCUUACAAGUAAGGGGAAGCUUCACAGCAAGUCUGAUCCUUCUCGAUGGAGAGCAAGUCAUUACAGUUUAAUGAACAGAAACAGGACAUUCCUCACCAAGAACGGCCAUGACAGGGAGAUGGAUUCACCCAAGCUUCAUCCAGAUAGCUUCUACGCAAGUCGACAGAACUUGAUCGGACAUGCCUCUAGGAACACCUCGACUAUAUCCAACCCCAGUGACACUCAAGCAGCGUUAGACACAGGAUGUGCUGUGUGGUCAAUCGACGGCAUAGAUGAUGUGGUGUGGAAUUUCACAGACACCCAGGCAACGUCCAACCAGUCCAACGAGAAGGAAGAUCUUCUCAAGGAGGAACAGAUAAACAGUACCGAGUUCAUGUUGAACUGGCUGCAUGAUAUCCCAGAUGAGCCAACCCCAAUAGAACCUAUGGACCAGUUUAUUCUGCCACUAAGCCGUGCCUUGGAACGUAGUGAAGAGGAUGCCAUUAUACCGUUUGAUUCCACUCCGAUGGUGUCUCGGUUUGGACCUAUUUCAAGAUCAGCAAGGACCAAGUAUAAAAACACUGAGCCUGUACAAGUCACAGCCGAUGAUAUAAUGAAAAAGGUGACACCUGUGACAGCUGUGACUCCGUUAGACCACCCAAAGCCGACAGCCAAGGCCCAGCCUAGCUAUGUAGCACCUGUGGUGGAGACUACCAAUUCAUCUGGCUCUGUCAGAUGGCGCAGGCCUAGUGAGUUGGAGAACUGUGUACAGAGAGAGCUGAAUCGACUGGAACAACAAGCUCUGAAAGCUGACACAGAGAACGAAUUCUUGGCAUGUGAACUGAAAGCUGUAGAGUUACAGAUAUCACUGCAAACUGAGAAAACUGCAUCACAGCCUGUCCCGGAGACUCCAAUCCUAAAACCUGAGAUACAUCCUGCUGUAGAGAUGGUUGCGCCAGUACCCAUUGCUGUCCCUGUCAAGACAGACACUCCUCAUAACCCUCCGGGUAUCUGGAGCAGCUUUGAACUACUCAAGGCAGCGUACACACGUGGACAGAAGGUGGACGAACUACGAGAACUGCUAAAACAAGUACCUAUGGGAGUGGACCAACACAUUGGAACACUCACUCCACAGGAGGAACAGUUUCUCAAGGACGUUCUUGGUGAAAGUCCAGGUAGUGCCAACCUGCAGACCUGAGACACUUCUGGUUCCUAUGGGAAAAUGGUUGUAGCUGUUGCAGUUUGUUGUGUGAACAUCGAUCUUCAGUUGGAAUCUAGGAAAUGCUUACAUGUGUAUCCUAAAGAUGUGUGAGCACUAACACUUCGUGGAAUUAAUUAGUGUGUAUUGGUAUGCCCAUGUUAGUUAUAUAGAAAUUGAUUCUAACACCGUUCAAACCGUGAGAUAUUGAUAACAGUUAAUGGCUUUGAAAUGGAGUAAGUUUUUCAGCAAAGAUACAAAGAUUUGCUGAACAUUCUCAAGUGUCGGCAUCUUUCUGAUUGACUGUUAUCAUAUCUACGUUGCAAUGGGUGGUUGAAUGAUACACAGGCUGUUUUUUUUUCAUUUAGUUAAAAAGAAAAUAUAAAUUUUUGUACAUUGCUUUUCAUUAUGUAUUUUUUCAGGAUUUGUUUUUGCCAAUGAAAACGGCUUGUGGUGAACAUCACAAGGAAAAAUAUAUUUUGUAGUUUUUAUGGCUGUGCUAUAUGCUUUUGAGUUGUUUGAGUUUUUCCUGAUAUUUUUAAUGGAUUUGAUGUCACUUGUCAUAUGGCAAAAGUUCUUGACCUAAAUCUUGGUGAACUCUAAUUGGUCAUGUGUAAAUUAAAUUUACACAAUGAUGAGCAAACUAAUUUUAUAAAUUAGUAGAUAUCAUCUUGGACAGAGAUUCCAUAGAUAGACGAGUUCUAGUCUGUCUUUUGCUGCAAAGGAAAGAAAAUGUGAUGAGUAGUCCCCCUUGCAUCACUGGACCGUUCUUGCAUAAUUUUAGGCCCAGUUUUACAUGAAAAGUUACUUUUAGAGUCCGGGGUAACAAUAGCAAUAUCUCUAUCAAUAUUGAGGAGCAGCAGUGUUGUAGUUCAUAUGCGUUGUUUGUUCUGUAUAAUUAAAAGUGGAAUAAAGUUCUGUGUAUGAUAUUUAGGAUAAUCAUGAAGAAAAUCAUCAAAUUAAUGAUAGAGGUUUAUGUGAUGACACGGUUGGACGUCAAUCAUUGUUUGAAGGAAUUCUCUCAAUAGAUAUUGUGUGAUACAACUUUUUGAUAAUUUUUUAUCAACUGAGCUAUGAAUACAUACCCUGCUUUAUUAUAUAUGUGGAAAGUUUUGUUUUGUUGCUGUGUGAACAGGUUGGUGAAUUAAUUAUAUAAUUGUCGCACACUGCUUUAUAUUGUGUUUUUUUGGUAUCAUUUGCAUGAUAUAACACUGCACAUUGCUUUAUACUUAAUUUUGACUACCAUUGACUGAAUAGCAGAUCCAAUGUAGAUUUGGCAUUACCAGAGACCUAUGUAGGAGUGAGUAGCUAGAUUUGUAGCAAAAGAAGAUCUGGGCGAUUUGCAUUUAUCUAACUCCUAACACUUCGACCUUUUUUUGCUUGUGAAAUGAAGACAAACCUAGUAGUCUGACGAGUCUGGAUUAAGAUUUUAAAACAUCUGCAGGGUCCUCAGGAUUUAUGCCUGGAAUGUUACGUUAAAAAGAGAUGAUUCUGAAGUGGUUUAUACACAUAAACAAACAAGCCUAUUUUCUUUAAUCUAUUUUAAGGAAGUCUGUGGCAUAUUUUCAAAUUUCUGUAUCGCCAACCUAUACAGGAAGAUUUACAUGCAUUUAUUUCCAGAAAUCCUGCUUUUCAAUAUUUUUCAAUAUAUAAAGCUUUGUUAUUAGGUGUGUGUAGAUUUACUUUUUGUGUUUCAACAAAAAGUAUACUAUUUAGUUUUCCUUUAAAUUGCUAAGUGAUUGGAAAGGUUUAUUAAGUUUCCCAAAAUGUAUGUUAUCAAUCAGAUCACAGUAUAUCUGAGACUGGAUUGGCUGAAUAGUCUCCUAAUGACCAACAAAAUAGCAAAUGUUUGGAGUCAGGUUACUAGAUUUAAGACAAAUCCCAAGUAAGAUAAAUAAAGGGAAGUUAUAGAAUCUGCAAUGAGGUUUUAAUGAUUGCUUAGUUUACUUGGGUGGUGCAUGAAUAGCAUUGAAAAUCCAUCUAAGAUAUCAAAACAAGUGCCGACUAGUACCAUACAUAGAUUGGGCCAACUUGAUUGGCGAUUAUUUGAUAAUACAUGUAUAACAUGUACAUUAUAGAAGGAAGUUAGACCUACUUAGCCUUGUAUAACAUAAUGUUGGAACGUAUAGACGACAGUGGAGUUAUAGUCCAUGUAUAUUAAGAGGGCUUGAGUAUAAAGUGAAUCACUUGAGAGCUCGGAAUUAUUGAAUGAAUUAACUUAAUAUGUCCAUUUUCAAUUGUAAACAAGGUCUGCUUUUGUGUUCAGUCAAUUGGCAUACAGUAUAAAAUUUGCACAAGGCUAUGGUUACCUGUCAAGAACAGUGUACAUGUAUUUUAGUUUGCCCACAUGGCUUGGUACAGUAAUUUCAUCUGGAGUACUUUUUCAGGUACCUGAAAUAUUGAUCCAAGCUGAUGCAUAUAUGCUGUUAAUUCAUGGAAAGUAAACAUAUUGUUGAAAUUGUGAAAGUCAUCUAUAAAAAAGAUCAAUACCAAAGUAUUGACACAGCAAUUUGUGAGCGAGCUUUUGCCAAUAUUAAAUGGAUACAAAACCAGGUCUUGUUGAAUUGUGACAUUGUAGACAUGUGGAAACUUUUUUUUUUUUCUGAAAUAUUUGUGUGGAAUCGUAUUUUUUUUAAUCAAGUAAAUAUGUAUUAGAUCAAGCAGAAACCUGUGUAGUUCUCUCGGACUGGAUCAACAUUUUCUAUUCCAUGAAAUCUGUUUUUCUCAAAACUGAAAAUGUAUUACAAAACUUGUCAUCUUUGUAUGAAUCAGAAAUGAAGUUAUUGAUCGGAAGCAAAAAGUCAUGUAUCGAGAAAGACAGAUUUUAUUUGAACAAUUAUUUGAACUUAAAAAUUUUUUUUUUAAACUUUAAAUUCUUGCUUUUAUAAGGAUGAUUAAGAGUUACUGUUGUACAUGUAUUUGGAGAUCACAAAGUAUGUUACUUGAACUGAUUUAGUGUAUAAUUAAUAUUAUUAAUCAUUAGUUGAGCUAGAAUUUGAUAUACCUAUUAUAUGUACGCAAAUGUCUGCAUCAGACUUGGAUAUGUUAGUUAAGUAAUGCUGUGUAUCUUAUCACUGUUUUUCCUAAUGGAAACUUGGCUUUUUGAAUGUGGAUGGUUUUUAAAAACAUCUAAUAUGGCUAUUCAAACUUUCUUGAAGUGGCAAUCAUAUUAAGUGAAAUUUUAAUAUUGUACUUUAAAAUUUAAGUAAACUAUAUCUCGAUGUUGGUUCUCAAAAAACUGAAUAACAAAUUGUAAGGAUUUUUUUAUCCAUUUAAUUUGGAAAAGAAAACUAAAUUGAACACUUGUGCCAGCCAUGCAGAGGUUUGGAGGAUGGUGCCAUGAAGGGCAUGUUUUUCAUGUAAUCAGUGUUUCACUAUGUAGAAACACUGUUCCUAAUAAGGUUUCCUUUCAUAAUUAUAAGUGCUCCAUUUAAAUAAAAACGUUUUCCUUGA